CGAACGUCACAUUCAACACUGAAAGCCGUCAACUGCUGCAAUACACGAACAUUGCUAUAUGUAAACACGUGUUGCGGAACCUUCGUUGAUUAUUUCUUUGACCAAAUUGAAUUUUCCGCUCGAUUUUUAAACGUUCUAAAUGAGAUUGUUGUAAUUUUUGUUCAUUUUUCAAAGGUAAUAUCGCAUAAAAUCCCAUCAAAAUGAGUUCAUCAUCAUUUUUCCUGAAAUCAAAGCCAAAAUCUUCAAAGAAGCGCAAGGUUCCGUUGAAUAGUAAAUUUGGUAAAAAGAAUGAAGUACCAAAAUUGCCAAAAAUCGAUCGAACCGAAGACGAUGAAGAGAUUCACAGUUCCGACGAAGAUGAGGAGAAUUUGGCAAGUGUACAUUUUUCCGAAGAAGAAGAAGACGAUGAAGAAAUUGCCGAAACUCCACAGGAUAAACGCCUGAAAUUGGCAAAAAUGUACUUGGAGGAGAUUGAAAAAGAGGAGAAAAGCCGAGCCGAAGAUCAAGUACUGUUAGAAAAUAAUGUGUCACGGCGAUUAACGGACGAAUAUUUGGAUAGCAUUGGAAAACUUCGACGAAAAAUUGCCAACGAAUACACGGGCAUCGACGAUAAAAAUAUAGUACAAGUGAAGCAUAAACUACACCAAUUGCCCGUGACAUGUGUUUGCCUCACUGCUGACAAUAAAUUCCUGUUCACUGGCAACAAAUCGGCCAUCGUGCUGAAAUGGGACUGUGAAAGUAUGAAAGUGGUCGGCAAUAUUGACUGUAAUGUGGGAAAAAGUGUAGAUGAAGUGGAGAAUAGUAAAAAGAAGCGUCGACCGCAAACCUAUACACUAGCUGCCUCCACUGAUGGCAAAUUUUUGGCUAUCGGAGACAUGAGCCCGUACAUUCAAAUCUGGUGCUGCGAGAAAUUAACACAUCUUCAAACGUUCAAAGGUCAUCGUGACAUUGUCACAUCGCUAGUAUUUCGCAAGGAUACACACGAUUUGUAUUCGGCAAGCAAAGAUCGUUCGGUGAAAAUCUGGUCACUCGAUGAAAUGGCAUACGUGGAAACACUCUAUGGUCAUCAAUCAGCUUUAACAAGCAUCGAUGCAUUGUCGCGAGAGCGUGCCAUUACUGCUGGAGGUUCGGAUCGUAGUGUACGUAUUUGGAAAAUAGUAGAAGAAUCGCAGCUCGUGUAUAAUGGCCACAGUGGGAGCAUCGAUAUAGUUAAAUUGAUCAAUGAAGAGAAUUUCAUUUCGGCUGGAGAUGAUGGAACACUUUGUCUGUGGAGUGCCAUGAAAAAGAAGCCUUUGAGUGUCAAGGAGUUAGCACAUGGGAAAUCCGAAGAGAACGAUCAAGCCAAUUGGAUCAGUGCAGUUGCAACUCUGAUCAACACAGAUGUCAUUGCUUCAGGGUCAUGCGAUGGAGUGAUUCGUCUAUGGAAGUUGGGUGAAAAUUAUCGGGACAUAACGUUGUUGUUCGAAGUGCCGGUGCGUGGAUUUGUAAACAGUUUGGCCUUCACAAAUGAUGGCACAAAGUUGAUAGCGGCCGUUGGGCAAGAGCAUCGAUUGGGUCGAUGGUGGCGAAUUAAGGAGGCGAAAAAUUCAGUUGUAGUUAUACCUUUAUUGAAAAAAUCCACAUAAGAUGACAAUAUAUAUGUAUCCAAUCGUUACAAAUGGAUGAAAUAAAAAGCGUAAAAAUUUA